GCUGUCCCGAAGGGUUUGGGGUCCCGCUGUCCCUCGGACACUGCGGCCGUGCCGCUGCCCGCAGUCCUGGCCCUGUCCCCUCUGUCCCCUGGCAGGGACCGGGGUCGGGGUUAUUUUUGGGCAAUGCCCGUCCCUGUCACGAGCAGCUGCUGGCCCGGUGACUCUCCCGGGCGUUCCCGGAAUCCUGCCCGCCGCUCGGGGACCGGGACACGGCGACCGCAGCCAUGGGAUCGCAGCUGGAAGGGGCCAUGGAGACCCUGAUCAAUGUGUUCCACCACUACUCGGGCAAGGAGGGGGACAAGUACAAGCUGAGCAAGAAGGAGCUCAAGGAGCUGCUGCAGAGCGAGCUGGGAUGUUUCCUGGAGACCCAGAAGGACGCGGGGGCCGUGGAGAAGAUCAUGCAGGACCUGGAUGAGAACGGCGACGGGGAGGUGGAUUUCCAGGAAUUUGUGGUCCUGGUGGCCGCCCUGACCGUGGCCUGCAACAACUUCUUCUGGGAGAAUGCCUGACCCCCCUCCUGCCGCAGCAGGACAUGGGCUCCCAAAAUCCAGAGCCCCCCCGCCACCCCCCGGCUCACCCCCUCAGCAUUCCCAGGGGAUCCCGCUGGGAUCCAGCUGCACAAUAAAGGCACAACCCUGCCCGA